AUGGGGAUGUCCCCGGAGGGGCAGAAGGGGACGGUGCCCCCGCCGCUGCCAUGCCGGAGAGGCGCCGCCUGGGGAAGCCGAAGAGCUGGCCUCCGCAUCGGGUGGGAGGUGGGGUCGCCUUCGGGAAACCCGUCUGCCAAGCACGGAUCUUCCCAGUUCACGCAGCUGAAACCACAGCGCUUUGAAACGCAGGAUGCUGCAACUAAACCUGUCAGCAUCCCAGCUGGGCUCAGGCCACCAAGGGUAAUUGGCUAGUUCCACACCCUUUGCUUUGGCUCAGUCUGUAUGUUUUUCCUUGGCAUUUUGGGCUUUGCUGUUUAUGGAAAUGAAACCUUGCAUUUCAGCUGCGACCCAGAUGACAGGGAGGUUAAUCUUUUCUGUUUCCAGUGCGGCCCUAUAAUUCCUCAGGUAUUCUGGACAUUACAGCUGGUGAUUGUAAUGGUACCCGGAGCAUUUUUUCACCUUUAUGCCACAAGUAAGAGCAUCAAACAGGAAGACAUCCUCCAGAAGAUGUCCUACACUAUCUUUUAUAUCUUCUCUGUUUUGUUAAGGAUUAUUCUUGAAGUUGUGGCUUUUAGGCUUCAGAUUCAACUUUUUGGUUUUGAAGUGAAUGCAAUAUACAUGUGUAAUGUGGCAGCACUUGAUAAAAUAUUUAACAUUACCUCAUGCAUGGUGCCAGAGGGCAUUGAAAAUACAAUUUUCCUUCCUGCUAUGUACACUUUCACCAUGAUUACAUUGGUCUUGUGCGUUGCUGAAUUUUUUGAGAUCACAUUUAGAAGGCUAUAUGUUUCAUAA